AUAAAAAUUAAAGCAGAAUUUUUCAAGGAUAUAGUGGGAAAGACUAGGAUAACGUGCCAGGAUGGGGAAUACGGAGAGCAAUGUGACCAGUGGCGUCAAAAAACAGGCUGGCGUCUCCACUCAGGCUUUGUACAAGUUUGUGAAUCUCAAGGGCGGUGGCCUUCUGGUGGAUAUGAUGAAACGUGCCUGCCAGACCAAACAGUUUGCCGAGAUUGAUCAUGCGAUCAAAACGAAAGUGGAACCCUUUCUAUACAACAAAGGGGCUGGACGUUAUUUUCCCAUAUCAAAACUGGUAUUGCUACGCAAUCGUGAUAGGCCAAGGACACGGCAGUUGCCCGAGAUACGCGCUCUGGAGAAUCCCGAUGAUGAUUUUAAUAUACAUGACUAUUGUCCCGAGGUCUCUGAGGCGGAAUAUAUAUCGAAUCCAAGUGCUUAUCGAUUUGUAUGCUGGGAUUUAAAUAUGCGUGGAGCAGUAGGCGAAACUAUUUUGCACUUAUGUCUGCUUAAUGCCACCUCAUUACAUGCCGAUUUGGCAAAACGUCUAUUGAAAUUCUAUCCGAAAUUGAUAUUAGACAUAUAUAUGAGCGAUGAGUACUAUGGCGAGAGUGUCCUACAUAUAGCCAUAGUCAAUGAGGAUCCGGCAAUGGUCAAGUAUCUUCUAGAUGCCAAUGCAGAUGUGCAAGAGCGUUGUUGUGGUGCCUUUAUGUCAGCCGAGGACACAAAAGCCUCACGUACCGAUUCCCCAGAUCAUGAAUAUGUCGCCUUAUGUCCGAUGACCAAUUACGAUGGCUAUGUCUAUUGGGGCGAGUAUCCUUUGAGUUUUGCCGCAUGCCUCUCACAGGAGGAAUGCUUUCGCUUGGUCCUUGCGCGUGGAGCUGAUCCCGAUUUUCAGGACACAAACGGCAAUACAGUCCUCCAUAUGCUGGUCAUCUAUGAGAAAAUCGAAAUGUUCGAUGUGGGCUAUGAGGUGGGCACGAAUAUCCAUGUGAAAAAUGUCCAGAAUCUAACACCCUUGACCCUGGCCGCCAAAUUGGGACGAGUGGAGAUGUUUUUCCAUGUGAUGAGCAUCGAAAGGGAAAUAUACUGGCAAUUGGGCAGCAUAACAUGUGCCGCUUAUCCCUUACUGAUGAUAGACACCAUCAAUGAGGAGACUGGCAAUAUUAACAAGGACUCCGUAUUGAACUUUGUGGUCUUUGGCGACAAACUGGAACAUCUGGAGCUUCUCGAUGGUGUUGUGAUUGAUCUCUUGAAGACCAAAUGGGAUACAUUCUGCAAAUCGCGCUUCUACAAGCAAUUCUAUAUGUUUGCCUUUUACUUUCUGAUCUCGCUGUUUAGCUUUAUUUUACGCCCCGGUCCGGACGUCAAGGAUGAUGACGACGAGAAUGGAGAUGGAGCUGCCAACAAUGGCACUGCACCAAGUCAUGAUUUGUAUGCAAACGUUAGCAUCGCUAGCUCCAGCUCCAGCUCCACCUCUACCUACUCCAGCAUCAUGAAUCAGCAUAGUAAACGAGGAACAUCCAGCACCGAGUACAAAACAUUUUGGUUAAAUUUCACCGAAUAUUACGAUCCAAAUGAAGUGGAAAUCUUACCCGCCUGGUGGGAGAGUUAUGCCCAGUGUCCUUUGAUGAAUCUAGAAUCCGAUUUGGCCAAAUUGCGCAUCAUGGCGGAGUUGAUCAAUUUUGUUGGUGCCAUUCUCUAUCUAUUGGUGGCUUUGCGUGAGGCUCGAUUUCUGGGUUAUAAAAUGUUUAUAGAGAAUCUAAUGACAGCUCCAUCUAGAGUGAUGUUUCUCUUCUCAUGUGCCCUGAUGAUGACCAUUCCCUGGCUUAGAGUCUCGUGCCUCACGGAAAUCGAUGAUCACGUGACUGUAGUAAUUAUGUUGACCACAGCUCCCUAUUUCCUAUUCUUCUGCCGUGGCUUCAAGACCGUGGGUCCUUUCGUUGUGAUGAUCUAUCGCAUGGUUAUGGGAGAUCUAUUACGUUUUGUAUCCAUCUAUUUGGUGUUUGUAUUGGGCUUUUCGCAAGCCUUUUAUAUAAUAUUUUUAACAUUCGAUAACCCAUCGACGCCCGAGGAUCAGGAUGCUGAAUCGAAUCCGAUGCCCUCACCCAUGGAGUCCAUAGUGGCCAUGUUCCUUAUGUCGCUGACCAAUUUUGGUGAUUACUAUGGGGCGAUGGUGUCGACGCAGCAUGAAUACGAGGCAAAGAUAUUAUUCUUUCUGUUCAUGGUGAUUGUCAGUGUGUUGCUGGUCAACAUGUUGAUCGCUAUGAUGGGUAACACGUAUCAGAAGAUUGCAGAAAUCCGCAACGAAUGGCAGAGGCAGUGGGCCCGCAUUGUCCUGGUGGUUGAGCGUAGUGUCCCGCCGGCUGAGAGAUUGAAGAAUUUCAUGCAUUACAGUCAAUCGAUGUCGGAUGGUCGUCGGGCCUUGGUCUUGCGUCUAAAUAUGAGUGACGAGGAGAAGGAAGAAAUGAAAGAGGUGCAGGAAAUGAAGCGCAUUCAUCAGCGUUUCUCGAAGAAGCGUCAAAUGGAACGUGAAGCUCGUGCCCAUCGCCGCCAGCAGGAAUAUGAGAAAUUCUUUGGCACAUCACCCAAACCAGAUGCGGCCGAUAAUAAUAAUAUAUAAUAGUAAUAAUAGUGGCAAA